UAAGGAGAGUAGCGGAUUCACCCGAGGAUUGCCGAUUGCCGUCAGCGUGUGAACUUCGUACAGGUCAGGAAAUAGGACAUCAUAUUGACAAAUGCUGACACUGUUGUCUCAGUAUAAACAUCUGAACAUAUAUGUAAAAUAUUUGUAUAGACAGUUAACAGUAAUGAGCUCUGAAUCUAGAACUGGCCCUGAUUACACCAAGAAACCAUUUAUUGAUAGAUUCUUUGAUUCUGCAGCUAAUGGUAAUAUUGAAGAACUCACACAUCUACUGAAAGCUACAGUAAUAGUAGACCAGAGAAAUGACAAUGGAUGGACUGGAUUAAUGCUAGCUUCAAGAUAUGGUCAUACCAAUAGCAUCAAAAUAUUUUUGGAAAAGGGCUGUGACGUCAAUCUUGUGAACAAAACAGGACAAACUGCAUUAGAAAUAGCUCAAUUCUGGGACCAAUCAGAAGCAACUACUUUAAUCAUGGACCAUGUCAAGCAUGAUAACCCAGAUAAACAAUUACGGAAUUUCUUUUCCUAUAACCCAUUACGGAGAUGUGCGGAAAAGAGGAAAGACACAAAUUGGUUAGAAAAUAAAAUGAGAGAAGAUUCUACAAAAUAUAUAGCUUUUUGUGAACUGCAACCUUUUGUUUUGUCUCUUCCUGAUAAUAAAUGGAAAUACCAAAUUAUUAGAUUCUGUUACAGUGAUAUUCAGUCAUGUAUAAAUGACAAGAAUUUGGUUGUUUUUCUUGGAAUAAAUAAAAAUGGUGAUGAAACUGAGGAACAAGCAGUAUUUGCUAUAGAUGUGCCUGAUGAAAAGAAGUUAAAGACAAUAAAUCCAGAUGGUACUUUAUUACAACCUUUUCCGGGUUCAAUGAUGCUAGAACCAUCUGAGGCAGGCAUUUUAGCUGAGGGUCGUACAAUGUUGGACUGGUUGGACCGAUACAAAUUUUGUGCAACUUGUAGUAGUUCUACAAGUGUUACAGAAGGUGGUCAUAAAAGGGUGUGUGAUAAUAAAGAAUGCAAGACAAAUAAAGGAGUUCACAACACCUGUUAUCCAAGAACUGAUCCUUCAGUGAUAAUGUUGGUUAUCUCCCCUGAUGGAAAGAAAUGUCUGCUUGGAAGGGGUAAACGUUUUCCCCCAAAGAUGUUCUCAUGUUUAGCAGGAUUUAUGGAACCCGGAGAGACAAUAGAAGACACUUGUAGACGUGAGGUUCAGGAAGAGUCAGGAAUUGAAGUUGGGCGUGUUGAUUACCAUUCUAGUCAGCCAUGGCCAUUCCCAGCUUCCUUGAUGCUUGGUUGUUUGGCAUAUGCCAAAACAGAACACCUAAAGGUUGAUGAAGAUGAACUAGAAGAUGCUAGAUGGUUUAGACGUCCAGAACUUGUUCAAAUGUUGACUAGACAGCACCCUGAAGGACUUUUUGUUCCACCAGAACAAGCUAUAGCACAUCAAAUUAUCAAAUCUUGGGUUAGAAAGACUACUAAUUCUAAUUUAUAAAUAGGUAAAAAAUCAGGGAUUCAAUAUUGCAAUUUUAUUCAAAUAGUUUUCCAAAUGUAAUAUGUAAAUAGUUUUCCAUAUUUACAAGUAAGCAAAAACGAAGUUUCAUAGAAAAUUUUGAAAAAUGAUUUAUUAGUAUUUGAUUUAUAAAUGUUAACUUGCCAACUUUUAUUUUUUUAUUAAAUGAAUAUCAUAAUCAGUAUUUUAAAUUGGUUCAGGUAGUCAAAAUGGUAGUACAGAGUAUGGAGGAAUUUGAUAAACAUUUAUAUGUGUAUUGAUACUAACCAGUCAUAUAUUGUACAUCGAAUUGGAAUUUAGUUCAGAUUUGAAAAACAAAAAAAUUUAUCAUUUAAUUUUAUAAUCACUAUUUUGUCUAGUUCAGCAUAUCAUUUUAGUACAAAUUAUGUCUAAACUUUAUUUAACAUCAACAUGUUAUACUUGAAAAAUUACUUACCUGAGGUUGAAUAUCAAUAUGAUUUAUUAUAAGAACUGGUAGAAAGUAGAAAAUUGGACAAAACCAGUAAUAAAAAAUUCUAAAAAAUCAUGGAAGACUCAUUGUUACCCAAUGGUAAAAUUUUGCCAAUAACUUUCGCUUAUUAAAGUAUGACUGAAAAUCGAAAAAUAAUGCAUUUUAUGAUUUAUCUCUUUUAUUUUCUGAAGUAUUACUGAAUUAGUUCUAUCAAAAUAGGUGGACAGUUGUAUAGGAAACACAUAAAAUCGACAAAAAAAUGUUUUUAAAAUUUGUAUUCAAAUAUCAAAUCUCCAACUACAAAUGCAAAUAUUUUUCUUUAAAAUUGAUAUGUUGUUGAAUCAUGAAUUUUGUUUUUUAUGAUAUGAAAUAAUAGUUAGGUCACCUACUUUGUUUUUACGUUACACAAUAUUGAAAGUGGUGUUCUAGGUGAAAAAAUACAACAAAACGUCAAAAUAAGCAUGACAUCAUCAUGCAGUAAGCCAUAAAAAGUUGAUUUUUUAUGUUUUUUCACUACCAACUAGGUAAUAGAUUGGUUGAUACAUCAAAAAUAAAGUUGAUGACCUUAUCAUUAUUUUAUAUCAAUGCUUGUGUAAUUGAGAUUUGAUGAUUUUAAGACAAAUUUGAGAAAGUUUAUUGCAAAUUUUAUGUGCUUUCUAUACAAAUGUUCACCUGUUUUGAAAGAAUUCUUUUAGUAAUAUUUCAAUAUAUGCAUUAUUUUUUUGAUUUUCAGUUAUAGUUCAACGAGCCAAAGCUGUAUGCAAAAUUUUACCAAAAUCUGUAUAGCCCAUUUACUGUAGCUUAACCAUAAAUGGUACUGUUAUGAUUCUCUUAAAGAAAAGGUUGAGCAUCCCAUUGCUGCCAUAGUUACUUAAAAAUGGUUAAAUGAUACAAUGUAUUAAAUUCAGAAAUUAUUGCGAAUUUUAAAGAAUGAACAAAAAUGUGAGAUUAAUUUUUUGUCAAAAAGCAAGACUUAGGUAUGCUGUUUCUGGUGGCACGGCAUCAACAAUGUAUUAGUUUGUGAUUAGGUCAGUUUAUGGAGAACCACUAGUGGUAGGUUAAUGAUAUUUGGUAUGCAGUUGUAUUAGCAUUGGCACAUCUCAUUUCCAUGGAUAUUAUUUGGCCCCUCUCCCUCAGUAAUGGUCUAUUGACUUUGAAACAUUUGCUUACUUUACUUGUAUUAGUUUGUGGUUAGGUCAGUUUACGAAGAACCACUAGUGGUAGGUCAAUGAUAUUUGGUAUGUAGAUGCAUUAGUAUUGGCACAUCUCAUUUCCAUUUUUUCUUGAUGUUUGUUAAUGUAUGAUAUAUACGAACUCUGACUAUGAAUAUCAUAAUUUUGGGCCAAUAAUCAAAACAAAUGACUAUAUUUCGUAUUUCCCCAUUUUCCCCAACUUUAUUCGUUCUCUUUACAGAUAAACAAAAUAUAAAUAAUAUGAAACCUGCAUGGUUUAGUUUUUGUCCUUGUUUCUUUUACUUAAAAUUUGAAAGAACAUCCCGUAAUCCAAUUUUGACAUUAUUGAGGGACGAUAAGACCUUGAAAACGGGAUUUCAUGUUAUUUAAUUCGGGACUACGGGUUUUCGUGUCUUUUAAUUCGAGAUUUCGGGAUCGGACCCCCUUCAUUAUUCCAUUGUCGACCUACUGACUAUUUCCAGAAAUAAUCUGAAAUCAUGGACCUACACGUAAACGGCGAAAACUCCAGUCCAAUUUCCCUGUAUCCAUAAAAAAAAAAACCUAAAAAUCAAUAUUCCUAGAAUAACAUAAAAUAAUAUACUAGUUAUAUCCAAUUUGCCGUAUCCAUAACAUUAAAAGGUAGCAUGUGGCAAAAAGAAAAAAACUAAAAAUAAUAUUCCUAAAAUAAUAUAAAAUGACAUAGGGGGUACCCCCAUACCUCAGUGAAUUCAGAUGAAAAAGAUAUGAUUAUCCGAUAUUAUAAGACUUGUUCUUCUGCUUUUAUUAACUCUCCCAGUGACGAGUGUUUGCUUUGAACGUUCUUUUUCUGCCUUGAGACGACUGAAAAUUGGGAAAGAGCAUGCAUGCAUGAGUGUAGUCCAAAUAAUAAAGACAUCUUGAAAGGUUAUUAUAUUUUUUCUGGGACGUAGUCCAAAUAAUUAUGACGUUUUGAAAGGCUAUUAUAUUUUUUUUCUAGGACGAAGGCAUCCCAGAAGAAAAAUAUAAUAGCCUUUCAAGACGUCAUAAUUAUUUGGACUAGCAUGAGUGAUGAGAGACUGUGCGGUCUUGCCAUGCUCCAUGUUCAUAGAAAUAAGGAUGUCAGCAUACCAAAUAUUCUGAAAAGAUUUUACGAAACCGGCCAUAGAAAAAUUGGUAAACUCCAAUUUGAAUAACAAUUGCUACUGAGUCAAUGUUUGUUCUGUGUUCUGGCGGCAGACUCAAAUUGAUAUUUGGAUGUUUAUCCGACAUAUAAAUUUAGACAGCUUGUUUCAACAAUGUCAAGCUCUCUGGAAAUGCCAGAAUGCAGGAUUUUACACCAUUUAUCCCAGACCCCUGCCGAAAUUUUUGGCCUCACUAUACUCAGCUCUAUUUUUUCACUUCUCUCUGCUCGGUGAUUAGUUCUGCCUCAGUGAAAUAAUAUGCCUAGUUACGGCCUUGUUAAGAAUUAUUUUCUGAAGAUUUAUAGAAGUUAAACGGACUAUACUAUCGAAAUUACUAAAAGGCAAGACAUAUCUCUGUGUCAACAGUUUAUGCAAUUUCAGGAAAAUCUGCAUACAGAUAUAUGUAAUGAUGUCCCAUUUCUUACUUAGAAUAGAAAAAUUGACAAAAAAUCAACAACAACAAAAAUUUCUGAAAACUUUUGUGAAGAACCAAUUACUACCAAACAUUUGUUGAAUGAAUUAAAAGCAUUUCAUCAAACCAUAGAUGUAUAAAUGCCACACCAUUUUUAUCAUCAAUUAUCAAAUUUUCACAUGUAAUUUGCAGAUAUGAAAAAAUAAUUAGUCUUGAAUUCAAGUUGAUGGUGUCAAUUAUUAUCACAUAUAGUUUCUAAGUAAAUCAAAAGUUUAUAUAUUCUAAUAGUUCUAUAAUCUAUGAUUUGAAGUAAAAAGGAUGGAUAUCACUUUUAAACAGUAGAGAAGAAAAUAUGAUAGAACAAGUAUUGUAUAAGUUUCUUUUCCUUGUGGAAAUAAUUGAAUAAAAUUCAUAACAA